ACUGUCGAAUAACAAAUCCUUUCGUAGUUUCGUUGUUUGUUUAGCCCGUGGUGGAAUGGGCCGAAACUUGAUUUGCCAAAAUAAAGAGAUUAAUAAACCAAGACAAAAGAAUGGGCUCAAAUUAGUUGAGCCCAAUCUUUCAAUGAUGCCAUAUUUUUCUUCUUCUUCUUCAGUUCUUCUACCUGCCGAGGAUAUUUGAAUUCUAAUGGCGUGGAAAGGGACAUUUUUACGGUGACCAUCACUAACCCGAAACUGGAGAGGGACAGCCAGACAGACUGUGACACCUUAAACAAAUACAACAUGGAAAUGAAAUGAGGUUGUCGUGAUUCAUGUGUCGACGACCCAGACGAGCAAUAAACAAUCAAUCAAAAUGAAACGACGGAAGAAAAGAUUCGGAUCGAGGAUUACGACAUGAAACUCCACCGUUAAUGGUGGUUGUGCUUGGCACUUGGCAGCUUGAUGCUAUUGCUACCCACCGCCGUCCACCUACCGCAAAUCGACCUCUCCCCCCCAAAAAACCCCAACGCCAAUUUCCACUCGGAGGAACCAAUAUGACGAUUCCUCGCGGUGGUUCGCCGUGGGCAGAUCUCCCCGAGGAGAUGCUGGAAGCCAUCGGCAGCAGCAUCGACCGACCCAUCGACGUCCUCACCUUCCGCUCCGUUUGCUACUACUGGCGCUCCGCCGUCCCCGCCCCUGCCUUCGACCGACUGAUUCCGCCCCUGGAAGUCAGGCUCCCUUACCCCGGUGACGUCCACGGCGUCCUCGCUCCCUCCGCCAUGUGCUGUGUGGAGUUUCAGCCUCCUCCGAUUCCCAAUGGCGAUUCGAUUUCAAAUUCAACCUCCCCCGCCGGCGGCGACGCACCGCGGGGAGGCGGCGGUUGGCUGAUCAAGGUCGAAGAAACCUCCCGCGGCAAGCUGCAGCUUCUGAACCCAAUCUCCAACCUCAAGAUCCGCUACUCUCCGAUUCAAUUGAGCUUGCUCGACUUCCGCCCCGCCCAAUUGACCACCUCGUUCCGCCUCAGGUUCCAGCUCGGAUGCCCAACCUUCGAGAUUAACAAGGUCCUUCCGUUUCCCCCUUCGGCCGCUGCGGCGUCUUCCUCGCCCCGACAGUCGGCUGUCACCGUCAUAGCGAUUUUCCACGAAGGCAGAAUAGGGUAUUGGAGAAACGGAGAUGAGCACUGGACUCUGUUAGACGGCAGAAGCUUCGAUUACGACGACAUAAUCAUCCACCGAGGUCAGUACUACGUCAUCGACCGAUUGGGGAAACUGUCCCUGAUCGAUUCGUCCCUGAGAUUCGACGAAUCCUACCCCUCGCCGCGGUUCCUCCGCGACGGCUCCAGCGGCGGCGGGCAGAAGAAUCUGGUGGAGUCCGGGGGAGAUCUGUACUUGGUCGAUCGGUACUUGAGCGGGAGGAGGAGGAACUGGAAGGAUGUGGAUAAUGCGAUUACCAACAGCUUCCAUCCGAUCCGAUUCCUUGUGGGUACGAGGAGGGGAAGGAAGUGGAACCCUAGAGCGGUGGAUUUCAAGGUCUACAAGCUGGAUGAGGAAAUCGGGGAAUGGGUUGAGGUGAAGUCGUUUGGGGAUGAUGGUAGAGUGUUUGUCCUGACGACGGAGUGUUGUUUCUCGGCUCCGGCUGCGCAGAUCGCCGGCGGGAAGGACUGCAUUUACUACUCGGAUGAUGAUGAUUAUGUGGCCAGGAACAUGAUGAGGACGGAGAGCAUUCGGGUGUUUCAGUUGGGGGAUGGGAGUAUUGAGGAAGUGAAAUCGUUGCCUCGCGAGUCUAAUGUUUUUCUGCCUCCUGGCUUUCGUAUGGAGUUUUAGAUUAUAGAAGCAGCCAUUCUUGACUUUGUUGUAGCUUCAUCUGCAGGUUUUGUCCACCUCUGGAGUUAAAGUUUGCUCUUUUCUUUCUUCUCUUGGCUCUCGCCAUUGAUGGUAAAAACUGAAAAGAAACAACCAUUACUCUU